CAACAACAACAACAACAACAACAACAAAGAGUACCAACGAGGUUAACAAAUGAACACCAUCUAACCAAGCUGUGGGAAAGCCAGUUGAUGACACUGCAAUCUAAAACAAGGAUUGGUAAACUUAGAACGGAAAGAGCCGAUAAAAGGGUUACGAUAAAUGUAAGUGGAAGAAGGUUUUGUACAUGGGACAGCACGCUAAAGAAAUAUCCAGACACGUUGUUAGGCAGCGAGGCAAUCAAGCUCUACUUCGACAAUGACAAAAAGGAAUAUUUUCUCGACAGAGACCCCCACAUGUUUCGAUACAUUCUUAACUUCUAUCGUGACGGCAAGUUACAUUUAUCCAGCGAGGACUGCUUUGGCGCCUUCCACGAAGAACUUCUCUUCUACGGAAUUAACAUUGACAGCAUAAACGACUGCUGCUGGGAAAGUUGUUAUAAUCUCUCUAAAAAACUCUGCCUGAAAGGGAAUUUGGACGAGCAAUGCGGAUGUACAAAGGUGGAAGACGCCCGAAAUAAAUCGUUUCUUCGCAAAUGGCUCUGGGACCUCCUCGAAAAUACAGAAACAACUCGCCUGGGGAAAUGCGUUCAGGCUUUCAUCGCAGUUCUUAUUUAUCUUAGUGUUGUAUGCACAAUUGUUGAGACAGAGCGAUGCACCAACGACCUCUCAUGCGAGGAAAAAUAUCCUCUUCUUUUCUUCAUAAUUGACGCCUUCUGCGUGAGUGUCUUCACUGCGGAGUAUUUGCUCAGAUUAUAUGCAUCUGAUAAUCGUCUUAAGUUCCUAGUGAACAAGAUGAAUAUCGUGGAUUUGAUGGCGGUUGCACCGUUCUACGUUAUUCUUUUAUUUCAGCAUCUCUGUCCUGGAUCAUCUUCGGCGGUGGAAAAGGCCAGCGGCUUGAUGGUUCUCCGCAUGCUCCGAGUUUUUCGGAUACUCAAGCUUUCCCGGCAUUCUAAACACAUGAGGCAGAUGGGAAGGGCGUUGAAGAGAGCGAUUGUGGAUUUGGGCUUUCUGUUCUUUGCGUUCUUGUUGACGAAUAUUUUAUUUUCAAGUGUGUUGUACUAUAUUGAACAAACAAAAGCUGAGGAGACAGAAUUCAAGAAUAUUCCUGAGAGCAUGUGGUAUACCAUAAUCACUAUGAUGACCGUGGGGUAAGAAAAAACAAUUUAUUUCAUUGGUUGCAAGGCCAGGUCAGUGUGGCCAUUUAUAAUUUGAUUUUACGCAACUGAAUCACGUUUGAAAACAAGUUCCCUUUGAAUUUUUUUUUAAAAUGAAUUUUAGAAUUUUCCUUGAUUCGAAGAAAAUAGUAAAAAAGAAAUUUAAUCGCUGAAGAAAUUAUUUGUUUUCUAACGAAAAUCAUACUAGUCUCUCUGCUUUAUACGAACGAAAAACCUGCCUCAAGAGGCUUGAUAGACUUGCUACAAGUCGACCUCUUGGCGAGCGGAGCGAGCCUUGGUUGGUCUAGAAGCUUGACUGUUGCGCCAGUUUAGAUAUUCUAUCGUUCUUGCAAACAGUUUCUCCUUAACAUUUUUCCGAGCCUUUUCCUUGCCCAAAGGAAAUUAAUCGCGCACACGUUUUCAAAUUAGGAUGCUUUCGUAGCUUUUCUCAACUGUUUCAAAAAUUUCUUCAAGUUCGCGAAUUUUGAAGUCGUCAAGAACACCAGGUGUCUCGGCUUCUCCUUUUUCUUAAUAGUAAACAGCUCCUUCUAGACUCUAGGUUUUUUGGAUGCCUUUAUAUGCUCAACCUGAUUAUACUCAUAAAUAUUUUCUUAACCUCGCACCAUGGAUAAAACAAGGACAAACAAUUAGCCGCGACAUCAACCGUGCGUCUGGAAUCUUACAAAUCCUAGCCAACGACCAAUCACAGUGCAUAAACAUUCGGUACACUAUGCGAAAGAAAAUACAACUUUUGGAGCUCUAAUCAGGCACGUAUAGAAGUUUUAUUAUCACAGUUUAUAGCGGAGCUCCACAGCUAAGAAAAUUUGGUUAUCUAUCCAUCCGAGAAAAUUUUGGUAGUCCGGUGACCGAAUAUCCGUUCGUCCAUCCAUACGUCGACACCACAGGCGAACCAAUGUAAUAUCUCACACUUUCUAGCUACCCGCAACCUUACAUUGCACAUCAAUGUUGUGGUUAAUUGACAGCUGCCAAAACAGGGUAUCCGCUGACCAAUAUCGCAUGGCCAUAUCGCGGGCUCAGGUGUCGACCCGUCCAAGCAACGACAUGUUACUAGUUUUCAACUGAUUCCAGGAUCAACUCCAAGUGGUUUCCUUUGCAAUGGUUGCAAAUUAUCUGUUUGCAGUGAAUCAUAAAUUCAUUAACAGGAACUAUUGCUUUUCUUUUCAGUUAUGGUGACAUGGUCCCAGUAACAGUUAUUGGCAAGGUUUUAGGCUGCGUGUGUUGCUUGUGUGGCAUCUUAAUGCUAACUCUACCGAUACCAAUUAUACAAGAGGGAACAUUGAAACCUAAAGAAUCCUGAGCACAACUCUCACUAGCCAGGGAUGGCAGAGCUUAUGAAUCCAGAAUGUGACAGUGUUAUUUCAGUUAUCUCAGACGGAAUCAGGAGUUGUAAAACGUAGUAAAGAAUAAAGAAUAACAACUGAGUGUCUGGAUCAAGUCAAAACAAGAGAGG